AUGGACGCAAAUAGUGACGCCUCAGAAACGACCGUGAACGCCAUGGGAGGUGGACAAGAUAUCGAGAAAACCACUCCGGCGCCGGCGCAAACUAUCGAAGACAAGGAAGAACCAACGUUCGACACUGGCUAUGCACCUUGGCUGCAAGUUCUGGGUUCCUGGUUCCUCUUCUUUAACUCAUGGGGUGUGGUUAACACAUGGGGUGUCUAUCAGACGUACUAUGAACAGAAUCAACUAUCCGACAUGUCCUCGUCCGACAUCGCCUGGGUCGGUUCGCUGCAGUCUUUCCUCCUCAUGCUGUUUGGUGUUGUAACGGGGCCGCUCUUCGAUGCUGGGUACUUUCGCGCGCUACUAGGGUUCGGCACCGUCAUGCUACCGUUUAGUUUCAUGAUGGUCAGUCUGUCAUCGAAGUUCUGGCAUUUCAUCUUGUGUCAAGGAAUCUGCGUCGGUUUAGCCUGCGGGUGCCUGUUCGUCCCGGCCGUCGCAAUUCUGCCCCAGUACUUCCGCAGGAGAAAGGGACUCGCCAACGGUAUCGCCGCCACGGGAAGCAGCAUUGGAGGUGUUAUUUACCCAAUCAUGUUCAACCAGUUGCAGAAAACUGUCGGCUUCCCAUGGGCCACGCGCGCAGUAGGCUUUCUCGCCUUCGGCACCUGCCUCAUCUCCUUAUCCCUCAUGCGCGUACGUUUCCUCCCAACCGAAAAGCGGAAGCUCUUCCAGCUCGGCGCCUUCAAGGAGCCCAUCUUCGUUCUUUUUUCCGUCGGCAUGUUCAUGGGCUUCAUGGGCUUCUACAACUUCCUUUUCUACGUCCAGUCGUACGCCAUUGAGACCGGCAUCGUCGAUGAUAAUCUCGGCUUUUAUCUUCUGGCAAUGCUCAACGCCGGUUCCACAUUCGGCCGAAUUGCUCCCAAUUUCCUUGCUGACCACACGGGACCGUUGAACAUGCUCAUUCCCGCGGUCUCAAUCACUGCCAUUCUCUCCUUCGUCUGGAUAGGCGUUCACACUGUCCCCGGAAUCAUCGUUCUGUCGAUCCUCUACGGCAUGUUUUCUGGCGGCUUUGUCUCCCUUCCGCCUGUCGUCAUGGCAUCCAUCACCAAGGACAUGCGUGAGCUCGGGACCCGCUUGGGCAUGGUCUUCGCCAUCACUUCUUUUGGGCUGCUGAUUGGAACCCCGAUUGGUGGAGCCAUUCUGAAUGAUACGAAUGAUUAUCUGGGAGUUCAGUUGUUCACCGGAUGCGCCAUCGCCGUCGCUGCUGCUAUAUUCAUGGGUGUCAGAAUAUCUCGUACGGGGCUGAAGCUUGCUGUUAAGGCUUAG